AUGUCUGUUAAUACUGUGUUGGAGGAGGAAGAAAAAGUAAAAAGAAAAGAUUUAACAUCUGAUCAGUUACAAUAUGAUAAAAAAAAUUUUUUUAAAGACAUUCAAAAUUUGGAUGUAUUAGAAAAUUCAAAUAAAAAUGAAACAUUAAAAAGUAAACUUUAUAAAAAGUUUGAUAAUAAUAAGUAUAUAAAUGGCAAUGAAUACCAAUUUGAAGGAAAAAAUUUUGAUAUUACUAAUAAUUUAUAUACAGUAAAACCUAUGUCGGUGAGCGGUGAAGCCAGAAAAUUAAAAUCAAAAGCAGUUCAAAUGAUUAUUGAUGUACCUGUUGACAAGAUAAAAAGAUUUACUAAUGUUGAAAGUAUUGGAUCUGUCUCAAAGGAGACACAAUUUUUUGUAGGUAUCUCAACUAUACAUGGACCAUUACGAAUAUUUCGUGGUAAAGGAUUUUACCGAUUUUUUUGGUCAAUACUUUUUAUGAUAUCAGUUAUAUUUUUAACAUAUCAAAUUAUAACAUUAUUUAAAUUAUAUAUGUCACAUCCAACUGUCUCACAAUUAUCAUUUAUAAUACCUUCAGAAGGUUUAAAUAAUCCAUCAGUAACAAUUUGUAAUUAUAAUCCAAUAAGAUAUUCAUAUAUUAAAGAGUUAAAUAAAACAAAAAAUUUUCCAAAACGUCUUUUAGAUUAUAUGACAAUGUCAUUUUUACAACUUCCAAAUCUUUUUUCUAUGUCAAAUAAAUUAGAUAUCAAAGAAAGUCAUAAUCUUUUAAUUAAUUAUACAAAAUAUGUUAAUCCUAAUUUUUCAAUACAUUCAUUUUAUUAUGAUGCUGGUUUUCAAUGUAAUGAUAUUCUUAAAAUUUGUGCUUUUGGAGGUAAAUGUUAUCUAUUAAAUUUAGGUAAAAGUAAACAUAGUUGGUUAAGUAAACAACGACAAAGUGGUAUAAAUAAUGGACUUUUGGUUAUUGCUGAUUAUCAUACUGAUGAACAGAUUGGUUAUAGUGAAGAAACUGCUGAAGAAAGUGUUUUUUCUAAUCAAUUUGAAAAUGGUUUUAGAUAUUAUGUUCAUGAAGAUAAAAAUAUUCCAUAUUUAUCAACAGAAGGAAUAUCUAUUUCACCUAAAAAAAGAGUUUACUCAGCUAUGAGUAUAGAAAAAAGAAUUUUAUUAAAUGAUGAAUCAUGGGGUAAUUGUUCUGAUAAAUGGCCAAUUGGUUAUGAAGAUAUUGAUAUACCUUAUACAUCAAGUAGUUGUUAUGCUAUAUGUAGAGCUAAAUAUUUUAUUGAAAAAUGUGGAUGUACUCCAAUGAUAUAUAAUGUUAUUGGUGAUUAUAAAAAUUGUUUACCAUAUGAAAUUUUAAGUUGUUUUUUACCUAAUAUAACAAAUACAAAUAAAACAUUAAAUUUUGUAUUACCUGAUCUACCAGCAUGUUAUGAAUGUAAAGCUGAUUGUGAAUCUUGGCAAUAUAAUAUGUAUAAUUCAUAUGGUGAUGAUUUUAGUAUUGGUGCAUUAACAUAUCUUAAACAAAAAGUUCCAACAUGGACAAAUUAUUAUAUAUUAAAAAAUAUUGUAGCAAUUAAUAUAUUUUAUCGUGAAAUUGGAUAUACAGAAUUUUCACAAAAACAAAGUACAACAUUUGUUGAGGUUCUCUCAAAUAUAGGUGGUAAUAUGGGUUUAUUUUUGGGCAUGAGUGUAUUAUCUGUUGUUGAAGUUAUUAUAUAUUUUUGUAAAAUUUUAUGGCUUACAAUAAGUAAAAGAAGACGUAAUUAUAUUAAAAGAAAAAAAGAAAUAGAAGAAGAGAAAGCUAGGCAAUUAGAAGAAACAUUAGAAAAUUUUAAAAGACAUAAUGAAGAUAUGAAAAGAUUAAGUAUGAAAAAAAGACUUAAUAAAUUAACAUCACGUUUUGCAUCUAGUUUUCAUAAACGUAGUAAUAAUUAUGCUCAACGCCUUAAUAGAUAUGUUUCAAAUAUUUAUCCAAUAUCUCAUCAUUCUUUAGAUAACAAGAAUAAUGAUCCUCCCAAAUCAUAUCUAUCAUCAUUUGAAGAUAAUGGUAUAGAAGCUUCUGUUAGAAAAACAUCACAUCUUGUUGAGGAUAUCGUUCAACAAAAUUUAUUCGGUGUUGGUAGAACACAAAUUUGUACACCAGACAAGGAUGGUGAUGAAAUAUUACGAAUUGACAUUGAUCUCAAUAAAUUUCAGGAUGGGCAAUUAUUAAAAAUUACAGAUAAAUCAAUAAAUCGUUCACAUUCAUUACAUUCACAUAAACAAAAAUUUUUUAGAAAUUGGAAAAGAGGUUCAAUAGCAUUACCUUUAACAAUUUCUUCAAGAAAUUUAUCAACACCAUCAGAUUGUAGUAAUGAUAAUACUUCACAAACAAUAUUUAAUAAUUGCCAAGAAAAUCAGGAAAUUAAUCAACCAUUAAUUUUAGGAAUCGAUGAAUUAGUUAGAAAAAUAUAG